AUGGAGUCAGGAGAAAUAGCGGAGGUGUUAAAUGGAUACUUUGCAUCUGUCUUUACAAAGAAAGAAGAUGCUACUCAGGCCCAGGCUGAAGAUAUAUAUGUCCAAUAUAUGAGAAAGCAUUUUCCAGAGGUCUUUGCAGCUCAACAGAAGGCCCAUCAAGCAGAUGUGGGAGUUAAAGUGAAGCAUAAGGAUCAUGUGUUUUUGCUUUCAACGGGAAAUGACUAUGAGGAUGAAAUAGUAGAAUUCCUACAGGAUUCAGAUGAUGAAUGUGAUGAAAGAGAUAUUCCACUAACUGCCAAAAAUUCUAAAUGGUGUGAACAAAAGCGUCUUUUACCCCGUACAACUCAGAUCGUGAUUGAGGAUAGCUUUGGAGGACUUGUCCAUCGUUUGCGUGAGCCUUGGGACCUAUAUGGCCUUUCCACCAAACACCAAUUGCCCUGUUGGCCACAGGAAUGUGAAGUGAUCAAAGAACGCAUUAGGCACAUUGACAAUGCCCCCAACAGCCCAGAGCCCCUGUACAGAGCAACGGGAUUGGAGCAAGCACCAAUCUACAUAAACCCUGAGGAAGGUGAAGUGGUUUAUAGUGCCAAUAAAGCUUAUUUGGAACCCUACUUCACCUUUUCCCGAGUGAGUGGCAGUCCCAAUCCUCUGAAGCAGGCAGCCAUUAAUCCUGACAGGCAAGACAACACACUGAUAUUUGAGGCCCGAUUUGAGAGUGGGAAUCUCCAGAAAGUUUUUAAAGUAGGGGAACACGAAUAUAACUUGAUCUUACGCACUGACCUCUACACAGCAAAACACACCCAGUGGUAUUACUUCAAGGUACAGAACAUGCAAGAGGCAGUUGAGUACCGCUUCACCAUCAUCAACCUGAUGAAGCCCACCAGCUUGUACAACAUGGGAAUGAAACCAUUGAUGUACUCCACAAAGGAUGCUGAGCUGUACCAGGUGGGGUGGCGCAGGGUGGGUAGCCAAAUCAAGUACUACAGAAACAAUUAUGGCAAUGACAAGCACCAAUAUUACUCACUCACCUGGACAUUUGAGUUCCCUCAUGACAUGGACACUUGCUACUUUGCCCACUGCUACCCCUACACCUACUCUGACCUCCAAGACUAUCUGAUGGAUGUUGUCAGUGAUCCAGCCAAGUCCAAGUUCUGCAAAGUCCGGGUGCUGUGCCGCUCACUGGCUGGGAACAUGGUUUAUGUCCUAACCGUGACCAAUCCCUCCGCGAGUACUGAGGCUACGGCUGAAAAGAAGGCGGUGGUCCUGACAGCUCGCGUCCACCCGGGUGAGACCAACAGCUCCUGGAUGAUGAAGGGUUUCCUCGACUGCCUUCUUGGCAACUCGAUGGAUGCCAAGCUGCUGCGGGAUACAUUCCUCUUCAAAAUCGUGCCAAUGCUGAACCCUGACGGGGUCAUAGUAGGGAAUUACAGGUGCUCACUCUCUGGCCAGGAUUUAAACCGGAAAUACCAGUCCUUUUUGAAGGAGACAUACCCUCCUGUGUGGUACACCCGGAAACUGAUCAAACGAUUGAUGGAGGAGCGGACAGUUUUUCUUUACUGUGAUCUCCACGGACACAAUCGGAAGCAGAACAUUUUCAUUUAUGGCUGUCAGAGUAGGAGGCGCACAGUGUCAUCAUGUGCCAAACAACGAGUCUUCCCUCUCAUGCUUAGUAAGAACUGCUAUAACAAGUUCUCCUUCAAAAGCUGUAAAUUCCAUGUUAAGCGGUCUAAGGAAGGAACAGGCCGUGUAGUGAUGUGGAGGAUGGGCGUCACUAACAGUUACACUCUGGAGGCAACCUUCUGUGGCUCCACAUUGGGGAACAGGAGGGAUUUUCAUUUCAAUGUGAAUGACCUGGAAUCAGUGGGUUUUGAGUUUUGUGACACUUUGUUGGACUACUGUGAUCCUGAUCAAUCCAAGUACAUGCAAUGCAAAAGGCAGUUGCAGAAUCAAAUAAAAGAAGAUGUUGCUGCCAAAAUGAAGAUGUCUGGUGCAAGAUAUGAUUCUGAUGCAUCGCUCGGCGAUAUCCUUUCCUACAUUGAAUCCAGCACCACUGGCUCAAACAGCUCCGAGUCCGAUUACCAGCCUUUGCAUUUUGGAAGAGAGGUACACGAGAAUGUGACAAAGAGGAAAAAACAACUGAAAACCAAAAAAGAGAGACAAAACUCCUACUUAAUCCGGAAAGUGUUGGAUACGGCAAAGCAUUACCAGGUUUGUAAGUCUCACCCUCCAUACAAGAAGAUGCAAAUAAAAAAGUUUGUACAACAACCAAAGGCACACAAGAAACCUGAAAAAAUACAUGCAGGAAAACAUCAAGGUUGUUCAGUUCAAGCCCCUUACCAAAGUGGCAGUGACUUGGAAUUUGCUGCAAAUUUGUUGAUGCAGCCAACAGCAACUCCUUGCCAGGUGGAAGGUGCCGCAGUAAGAACACAACCUCAGUCCCAUGAUCACUUUGAAGAGCAUGAGCCUGUGUAUGAACAUGGGCAGGAGGAAGAGCAGCCUGGUCAUCAGGUUGUACCCCAGGGAAUCACUACAGUGGAUGAAGGAAAGGAGCUUCUGAAGCCAGCUCCAGUGAAAGUGCUUGAGCUUCUUGACAUGACGAUGUUACACAGUCCAAAUCUCACAUAUGUAGAGUAG